AUGAGUCUUUUCGGGUCAACUACUGGUACUAGUGGAUUCACGUUUCCAUCUACUACUUCAGCGGCGACCACAUCGACUACAAGUCCAUCGUUAUUUGGUUCCUCAACACCAUCGAAACCGCUGUUUGGCUCCACAACCCAAGCAUCUUCAACUCCAUCGUUGUUCGGAACGACGACGACGACACAAGCCUCAACUCCGUCGUUGUUUGGCUCGACAACGACGAAAGCCGCUACCGGAACGCUGUUCGGAGGAUCUCCAGCAGGCUCGUCGCUUCUUACAAAACGCGCGGGGACAAGCACAGCGACUCCGAGUUUGUUCGGUACGACGACUACAACGAGCACCACCCCUGGUGGAUCGCUUUUUGGAACGUCAACUAAGGAUUUUCAUCAGUCCACGCACGCCUCGCUCCACGAAGACGACGCCGUUCAACGACCCCAAACAUCAAGAAUGAGCGGACAGAGCGACAAAAUUCCGCCGAGCGAAUCAACGGCACGAGGCGGAUCUCCGCGACCACCUGCCAAAGUGGCACUUCGCCGACGUGACGCUGUUCAUCCGACGCUGAUGCCCAUCGAUGAUUCGUUCGGCUUCUCGUCAUUCACACCCGAAAUGUCGGCGUUCUUAGCCAAAAGUUUCAACAACGCCGUCGAAGCAGAUGCGGAUAUCGCGAAAGCACUUCAAUUCUCGCCACCGCCGAUCACGUCGAUGGCUGCUGGCGAUCCGGGAAGCGGAAUUCGCGCAGUUGUCGUUGAACCGACACCGGAACCGCCGGCGCCGAAAAAGGCGUCGUCAGCGGAGUGUUUGCCCAACAAGCAUUCGGUUCCGGACGUGUCCAAUCCAUUUGCGGCUCCUGUGAUUCAAAAGCCGAUUCCGCCGGCGAUCCAGAUUCAGUCGCAACCUGCUCCUCAGGUUCAGCAACAGCAAGUCCACACUCUCGUAAUGCAUGGAAAUGGAGGGCCGAUUCCGACUGUGAUUGUGUCCGCCCCACCCCCAACACCCACCCAACGACCCUCUCAAUUAACUGGGAUGACAUUUUCAUCAUCUACUACUGGAGGCACUUCGCUGUUCGGAUCUACCUCGACGGCUACUGGAUCGCUAUUCUCAAAGCCAGCGACCGGUGGCGGAUUGUUUGGUUCGACCCAGCAGCAGCAACAACAACAACAACAGGUCUCAUCCCAGCAGCAAGUUGUUACGAACUAUCAUCCAUUUGUGAAAGCUGUUGCUCAUCCGCAAAUCACCGGAACUGAUAAUGACAAGUUUAUCGCAAAAUUGAAUCAGGCUGCAGCGGCUCUCGGUGUUGGAAAAGCACCAUACAAGGAGAACAAUCAGAUUCAGACGUUCGACAUGACCGAUAAUUUCUUUGAGAAAUUCGUUGGAAUCGGAUAUAACAAGAUUUCUGAGCACACGAACGAUGAAGGAAUUGUGACAUUGGCGAUUAAAUAUGAGCUUCAUGAGAUAAACACUGAAGAGCGAAAGGCGAAAAUUCUUGAAGCGAUUGCAAAUAUUCUUGGUAAUCAGCCGAAUAUUCAGGUGCAGUAUGCGCCGGGAACAACAUUACGAUCACUUCCGGGAGGAUUUACCGAGAUUGCAAUUAUCGUGAAGGAGGGAGGCUUCGUUGUGGAGGCUCUAAAAUUGGCGCAGGUUUUGAAUGACGGUCCAAAAUUGGCGCAACUCGAAACACAGUUGAGAGUUGAUAAGAAGCGCGUUCUACCGAAAGUGGGAAUGUCGAAAGCGCAGAAAGAGCGAUAUCUUGAGACGGUGCCGAGAGGAGUUGACGAGAAGGUGUGGAGGCAGGCGAUCGCUGAGAAUCCGUCGCCGAACAAAAUGCUUCCGGUGGUUGUGCGCGGAUGGGAGGAGCUUCUUGAGCGGCAGAAGGCUCAGAAUGCCGAGCAGAAGGUUGUCAAGGACGCGCUGACCUCGUUGUUCAAUCGCAUCGAGAAGGUCGAGAGUGAUCACGCUCGCGCUCAAGUUGAGAUGGAGGCGAUUCGAUGCCGACACAAGCAAUUGUCGUAUAGACUCGUACGGAUAAUGUUGGCGCAAUGGAUAACUCAGAAGUUUUCGAGGCAAAUCGACACUGAUGAGGAUCAGAUUGAGGCGCGAUGCGAUACGCUUCUCGCACAGCUUAAUCGGCAUAAUCAGAUUCAGAGUUGGAUUGCGAAAUUCUACGAGGUUUUGGAGAAGAAUAGCGGAAAAUUGCGCGAGGGCGCUGAAAAGGCGUACGACAUGUCUGAAGAUGAUCAGAAGUAUGCUAGAACAUUCCUGACGGAGAUUCUUUAUAUUGGCGAGCGGCUUGUGGAAACGAAUCAGAUUCAGAUGGAGGAUUUGGAAACGAUCAAACGGACGUUGCUUGGAGAAUAA